CACUCUCAAUAUUAGAAAUAGGAGUAUAUAUUUACCCCAUUUCCUUCCUUUCUCUGGACCAACACUAUCCCAGCUUCCAAAAUUUCCCCUUUCUGAUUGAAGAGUAGCAAGAUGCAGAAAUUGUUUGCACUCACUUCUUCAUUGUCCAGAAGAACCCGCAGUUCCGCAGCUUUUUCCACUUCUCUCCUCUUCGACGACACUCAGAAACAGUUUAAAGAAAGCGUGGCUCAGUUUGCUGAAGAAAACAUUGCUCCUCAUGCUGCUGAAAUAGACAGAUCUAAUUACUUACCCAAGGAUGUUAACCUAUGGAAAUUAAUGGGAGAUUUUAACCUCCAUGGGAUCACUGCCCCAGAGGAAUAUGGAGGACUUGGCCUUGGCUAUAUAUACCAUUGUAUAGCUAUGGAGGAAAUCAGCCGUGCCUCUGGUUCUGUUGGUCUUUCAUAUGGUGCACAUUCUAACCUAUGCAUAAAUCAAUUGGUGAGGAAUGGGACUCCUGCACAGAAGCAAAAAUACUUGCCAAAGCUAAUAAGCGGGGAGCAUGUGGGAGCUCUUGCGAUGAGUGAACCUAAUGCUGGCUCCGACGUAGUUAGCAUGAAAUGCAAAGCUGAUCGUGCUAAAGGUGGUUACAUUCUCAAUGGGAACAAGAUGUGGUGCACUAAUGGUCCUGUUGCCGAGACAUUGGUUGUUUAUGCAAAAACAGAUAUGGCAGCUCACUCAAAAGGAAUCACAGCAUUUAUCAUAGAGAAGGAUAUGCCUGGAUUUAGCACCGCCCAGAAACUGGACAAACUUGGAAUGCGUGGAAGUGAUACAUGUGAGCUAGUAUUUGAAAAUUGCUUUGUUCCUGACGAAAAUGUUUUGGGCCUGGAAGGGAAAGGAGUUUAUGUCAUGAUGUCGGGGUUAGAUCUGGAGAGGCUUGUUUUGGCCGGAGGACCUCUAGGAAUCAUGCAGGCAUGUCUUGAUGUUGUUCUUCCCUAUGUCAAACAGCGAGAACAAUUUGGCCGACCAAUUGGGGAAUUUCAAUUUAUACAGGGAAAGGUUGCUGAUAUGUACACUUCAUUACAGUCUUCAAGGUCAUAUGUAUACUCCGUUGCUAGGGACUGUGACAGUGGAAUUGUUAACCCAAAGGACUGUGCUGGUGUCAUACUUUGUGCAGCUGAAAGAGCUACACAAGUUGCUCUUCAGGCAAUUCAGUGUUUGGGUGGCAAUGGCUAUGUUAAUGAAUACCCAACCGGGCGUUUCUUGAGGGAUGCCAAAUUAUAUGAGAUUGGAGCUGGAACGAGUGAAAUUCGAAGAAUGAUUAUUGGCCGUGAGCUCUUUAAGGAACAGUGAGGCUGACUGCCGGUGUUCAGUACUGUGGGCUAUGUUAAAUUUACGCUGUUCUACUUAGAGAAUAAUUUUAAAUCAUUAUAAUUUAUAAAGAUUAUGUCAA